CAUGAUCUUUUGAUAAAUCUGGACUGCAGCUGAGUGUAUAACACCUUUAGUUAGUGCCUGGGCUAUGCAGAGUUUGGUGUUGGCAUUUAUAGCAGCACUAACUUUUUUGGCUUUAAGAUCAGUUUUUUGAGCAAAUCAGGUGUUUCACACAGUGAGAUGAUGAAACGAAGAAGAGAGCGGUUUGGAGCCCCAUCGCUACGGAUCCAAAUCUCCUCUCCUUUCCUCUCCCACUGCCGAGGAAGCGAUGUCCAUCAGCAUGUGUUCUCUCCUACAUCUGCUCCAGGUCUGCAGCAUCUUAAAAUCCCACUUAGUGCUGAUUGUGCCCUUGCUACUUCUCCUCUAGUGUUUUACCUCAGCCCACAACCUCAAAGCAACCCUGGUAGUCCCUGCUACAACAAUCCACUUCAGUGGAGCUGUCGGACCAGUAAUAGAAAGAGUUUGAUUGUGACCUCUAGCACGUCUCCAACGCUUCCAAGGCCACACUCUCCACUCCAUGGGCAUGCAGGUGGAAGUCCAUUGGACAGUCCCAGAAAUUUCUCCCCAAAUGCACCUUCUCACUUUUCCUUUGUUCCUGCCCGUAGCCAUGGACACAGGGCAGACAGGACAGAUGGACGCCGUUGGUCCCUGGCUUCCCUCCCUUCAUCUGGAUAUGGAACAAACACACCUAGUUCAACUGUUUCAUCAUCCUGCUCAUCUCAGGAGAAGCUGCACCAAUUGCCCUUUCAGCCAACAGCAGAUGAACUUCAUUUCCUGACAAAGCAUUUCAGCACAGAGAGCGUCACUGAUGAAGAAGGACGGCAUUCUCCAGCCAUGCGUCCCCGAUCUCGCAGCCUCAGUCCAGGCCGUUCUCCUGUGUCCUUUGAUAGUGAAAUAGUAAUGAUGAACCAUGUAUACAAAGAAAGAUUUCCAAAGGCCACAGCCCAGAUGGAGGAACGGCUGGCUGAGUUUAUUGCAUCUAAUACACCAGAGAACGUGCUGCAACUAGCAGAUGGGGUCCUAAGUUUUAUUCAUCAUCAAGUUAUUGAGUUGGCCAGAGACUGUCUAGAUAAAUCACGUGAAGGACUUAUUACUUCUCGGUACUUUUAUGAGUUGCAGGAAAACCUUGAAAAACUCCUACAGGAUGCCCACGAACGAUCAGAGAGCUCAGAGGUGGCUUUUGUUACCCAGCUGGUGAAAAAGCUGAUGAUCAUCAUUGCACGGCCUGCACGACUGCUAGAAUGCCUGGAGUUUGAUCCCGAAGAGUUCUACCACUUGCUAGAAGCAGCUGAAGGCCAUGCUAAGGAAGGGGAAGGAAUUAAAUGUGACAUCCCUCGUUAUAUUAUAUGCCAGCUGGGCCUCACCCGAGAUCCCCUGGAGGAAAUCGCCCAGUUGAAUAGCUAUGAUAGUCCAGACACUCCAGAGACAGAUGAUUCUGCUGAGGUAAAGGUACUGAAUAACAGCAGCCGAGGAGCCACCACGCAAGCAAAGAAAACUCCUUCUGAAGAGGAAUUUGAAACCAUUAAGCUAAUCAGCAAUGGGGCUUAUGGGGCAGUAUUCUUGGUGCGCCACAGGACUACCCGCCAGCGCUUUGCAGUGAAGAAGAUCAACAAGCAGAACCUCAUUUUGAGGAAUCAGAUUCAGCAAGCUUUCGUGGAGAGAGACAUCUUAACAUUUGCAGAAAACCCUUUUGUAGUCAGCAUGUUCUGCUCCUUCGAGACAAAGCGCCACCUGUGCAUGGUCAUGGAGUAUGUGGAAGGAGGAGAUUGUGCAACUCUCUUAAAGAAUAUUGGAGCUUUGCCUGUUGAUAUGGCAAGGAUGUAUUUUGCAGAAACUGUGCUGGCAUUGGAAUACCUCCACAAUUAUGGCAUCGUCCACCGUGACCUAAAGCCUGACAAUCUUCUCAUAACAUCAAUGGGUCACAUCAAGCUAACUGACUUUGGCCUUUCUAAAAUUGGCUUAAUGAGCUUAACAACAAACCUGUAUGAGGGGCAUAUAGAGAAAGAUACCAGAGAAUUCUUGGAUAAGCAGGUGUGUGGUACUCCAGAAUACAUUGCCCCAGAAGUGAUCUUGCGGCAGGGUUAUGGAAAGCCUGUGGACUGGUGGGCCAUGGGAGUUAUCCUAUAUGAGUUUCUAGUUGGCUGCGUUCCUUUCUUUGGUGACACACCAGAAGAGUUAUUUGGUCAAGUUAUCAGUGAUGAAAUUGCCUGGCCAGAAGGAGAUGAAGCUUUACCACCAGAUGCACAAGACCUGAUUGGUAAACUUCUGCACCAAAACCCUCUGGAAAGACUGGGAACAGGUAGUGCUUUUGAGGUGAAACAACACAGGUUCUUUAUGAACUUAGACUGGAAUGGAUUACUCAGGCAAAAAGCAGAAUUUAUUCCACAGUUAGAAUCAGAAGAUGACACAAGCUACUUUGACACACGCUCUGAGCGAUACCAUCAUGUAGAUUCUGAGGAAGAAGAAGACACAAAUGAUGAUGAUCAUGUAGAAAUUAGGCAAUUUUCCUCAUGUUCACCAAGGUUUAGCAAGGUGUAUAGUAGCAUGGAACGUCUUUCCAUCCAUGAAGAGAGGAAAACACCACCUCCCACCAAACGCAGCUUGAGUGAGGAAAAAGAUGAUAGACUGGAUAGCCUUGGUAGCCUGAAGAGUCGAGACCGCAGCUGGGUAAUCGGGUCGCCUGAAAUAUUACGUAAACACUUGUCAGUAUCUGAAUCGUCUCAUACAGAGAGUGACUCCAGCCCACCACUGACUGUCCGUCGGCGUUGUUCUGUGCUUCUCGAUAUGCCACGAUUUGCCAUUUCAGCUGAGGAGGAGGGAAAAAAGAAACAGUUGGAUGGGAUACCACUGCCUAUGGCACAGCCACGAGAAGGACUUCCUCUGCCAAUUCCAGAACAGCCUGUAGAGCGAGAACUCCAACUGGAUGAUGAUGGUGAACUUAAAACACCUUCUUCUACUGUCAGUAAUGUGAGCAGUUCAACACUGACAGCUGAGAGCACUGCAGACUUCUCUGAUCAACGCACUCGCAGUAAUAGCAACGAGGGCCCAGAGUUUACUACUCACAAAGCAACAAGUGAUUUGGCAGUGCGGCGAGCUCGCCAUAGGCUACUCUCUGGGGAGUCAGGGGAAAAACGUUCCUCACGGCCUGUCAAUAAAGUGAUUAAGUCAGCAUCAGCCACAGCCCUCUCCCUCCUGAUUCCUUCAGAGCAUCAUACGUGUUCCCCAUUGGCUAGUCCAAUGUCACCUCAUUCCCUCUCCUCCAACCCAUCUUCGAGGGACUCCUCUCCUAGUCGAGACUUUUCUCCUGCUGUAAUAAACCCAAAACCACCAAUCAUCAUUCACCGAGCUGGGAAGAAAUAUGGCUUCACGCUUCGUGCUAUUAGAGUCUACAUGGGAAAUAGUGAUAUCUACACAGUGCAUCAUAUGGUCUGGCACGUAGAAGAAGAAGGCCCUGCAAGUGAGGCAGGUCUCAGAGAAGGAGACUUGAUAACCCAUGUGAAUGGAGAACCUGUCCAUGGAUUGGUGCAUACUGAAGUGGUGGAACUGAUCCUAAAGAGUGGCAAUAAGGUAUCCAUAUCAACUACGCCCUUUGAGAACACAUCAAUCAAAGUAGGGCCUGCACGAAGGUCCAGUUAUAAAUCCAAGAUGGCUCGAAGGAACAAGAAAAGCAAAACAAAAGACGGUCAGGAUAGUAAGAAGAAGAGCUCUCUAUUCAGGAAGAUUACCAAGCAGGCUUCUCUGCUGCACACCAGCAGGAGUUUAUCUUCACUCAACCGUUCUCUGUCCUCUGGGGAAAGUGUUCCAGGUUCACCUACUCACAAUCUCUCCCCUCGUUCACCAACACAGAGUUACCGAUCUGAGUCUGUGCAUUCAGUAGGUGGAAAUUCUUCUCAAAGUAGUUCACCCAGCUCUAGUGUUCCUAACUCUCCUGCCAGCUCAGGACAUAUCCGACCUAGCUCCUUGCAUGGGCUAGCACCAAAGCUUCAACGGCAAUAUCGAUCCCCAAGACGUAAAUCUGCAGGAAACAUUCCUCUUUCACCGCUUGCUCACACUCCCUCACCAACCCCACAGUCCACUUCACCUCAGCGAUCUCCUUCUCCUUUACCAGGACAUUCAAUUGGCAGUUCAAAUAUCAUGCAGUGUUUCCCUGUAAAGUUACACUCCUCCCCACCUCUGGUCAGACAGAUUUCAAGGCCGAAGAGUGCUGAGCCACCAAGAUCCCCUCUGCUGAAGAGAGUCCAGUCAGCUGAGAAACUGACCUGUUCUCUGACCUCAGAAAAAAAGCUGUGCUCUUCACGCAAGCACAGUUUGGAUAUUUCCCAUUCUGAAUUCAAGAAGGAGAUGCUCCAAAGAGACCCUGGUCUCCAAAGUUGGCAGGAAUCUGUGAAUGAAGCUAUAGGGGGUAAAGUUGGUCUUGCAGAAAAGGGGACACUGCAGAAACCUUCUUCCAGGAAACUGGGAACCAUUCGGCAAGACAGGGUGGAGAGAAGGGAAUCCUUACAAAAGCAGGAAGCCAUUACAGAGGUAGAUUCUUCUGAAGAUGAAACUGAUGAAGGGUCAGAAGAUAGUCAAGAUGGGAAAAGACUGGAUAGGCCAACCUUCAGCAAAGAACACCACAUUGCUGAUCCUUUCACUGAGGAUCAAAGGAAGCAUUCUUCCAAUUUGAAAAUCAAAGAUAGUAUAGAAGAUGAUGCCUUUCUUCCUGAGGAACCAAAAACUGAAAAUUUGCAGGAAGGGACAAAUCAGCAACAACCGAAAGAUGUUGCAAGGUCACUGCAGACCGUCACAGAUGAGUCAGGAUCUGAGUUUUGUGUAGGAAUUUCUCCUAUAGAACAAUCUGGUGACUGUGAAAUAGCUGAAAUAUCUGGAACAGCAGCAAGGUCUCUACAAGAAAAUAUCCCCAAACUUGUUUGUCGAAAAAGUACCAGUCUUGAAAACACUAAAGAUUCAAAGGAAGCUCAGAUUAUCCAGAAAAUCACAGACUGUCCAAAGCAAGUGAAGUGCCUCCCUGUGGGACUCAUACAACUUGGUCAAGGUGAUUGCUCAGGGUCGGCAACUGGGAAAAAUGACUUGAAGGAAUCUGAUUCCUCAGAAACCACUUACAUAUUGUCUGAAGAUACUAAUUCUUUGUUAGCACUUUGUUCUUCUUGCACAACUGGCAUAAGCUCUCUUCCACUAGUAAGCCAAAUGGACUGCAAAGAUGUAUGUCAGAAACAGAAGCUCCAGUCUACCAAGAAUAGCAUCAGUAUUCCAGAUCUGGCAACAAAUAGCAAGACUUCUACACAAAAGUCUCCUAAUUUUGAAGAACAGCCCGAGUUGUCUUCUGUUGAGGCAGUUUCAAAACACAUAAAUCAGGGAAGCAAUAAAAACUGGAGUCUGAGAUGUCCCUCAAGUGUUCCAAUUCCCACACUUGAUGCCGCAAUGGAAAAUAGAAAAGUAGUUUGGCCAGGCCACUUAGAAAUGGGAGAAAAAGGUAUAUUGGACACAGUAAAUUUCAGCAUAUCUGGUUCAUGGGUAUUACAAAAAACAAGAGAAGACUUCCCUCAGGAGGAACUGUUUUACGGAGAAGAGUGUGUGUCGAAGCAAGGAAUGCAGGAGACAGAGGAAAGUUCAAGGCCAGAAAUAGCCAAAGCUUUCAGCACAUGUGGUUUCAGUAAAAUGUGUGGUUCCUCCAUAGACUCAGAAAGCUUAGCAGUGUCUUGGGAACCAAUGAAUGCAGUGGGAAUGAAAGAAAAGCAAGUUUUUUUGGCUCCUGAAACGUUGGAAAAUAUGUGGCAGGCACCUCUACCUGAAAAUCAGCUACAUGGCAUUACUGAGCAGAACGUGAAAGUGUCUUUGGGACCAGAGAGAAGCCUGAGCCCUAAAAAGGAGACUGCUCCAUUGCCUGACAAAAUCAAAGUGGCUGGAGAUGAGUCUCAAGCAAGAGACAUCCUGUUGUCAGAAAGCAGUGUUGUGAAGAAAACAUAACAGCAUCUCCACAUUCUGCAACAAAGACAGCAUUAGUAGAACACAAAUAUAAAGCAGAAAACCUGUACAUCUAUUUUUUUGUAGCUAUGUUUUUCACACUCUUGCCUUUUUCAUUCUUGCAAUUCUAUUUUUGUACACAGCAUUUGCCAUUUGAUGCCUCUUCACAGGCUGUCUUUAAACAAAUUACAAAAUAGUUUCCAAACUUCCCACCAGUUUUUUUAUUGUGCCCUAAUAUUGAAGCAUCCUAUUCUUUUCCUCCUUGAAUAUUCUGCAUUGCCUUCAAAAUUCCAGAGAACAACAUUUGAAAAAUAAGGCAGCUCACUUGAAUAAUGCCACAUGACCAAUUUUGAAUUUUAGUCCUUGAUUCCAAAAUUUUAGAUAAUUCCUUUAUAUUGGCAGAGAUGAAGAAAUACAUUCUGAUGGCUGAAUCAUCUGAAAUUCUUAUGCUACAUCACACUUUUUUUCCUCUUGCAUAUUGUAGAUUUUUCUGCCUAUUUAAAACAGUAACUUCAUGUGCCAGCUUGUGCAGUAGGACAGUAUUCUUUAAAAAAAUAAGCUAAAAAAACUUUUUUCAGUUGAAAUGCCAGAAAAACAAAAGCACUCUUCCAUUACUUUUUGUAUUAUUUUUUAUGCAGAUCUAAAAGAAGGCUGAUGCUCUGUCUUUCUAGAAUUUUAAUGCUUGUUGCCUUAUCACCUUUGAUCAGUCUAGGCAAUAAACUAAAAAGAGAUUGUGGAUGCUUCAGUUACUGUAACUGCUGGUGUGAAAGUAGACAAGGUGCCAGGGGUGCUUUGUUACCUCCCAAGCCUUUUUGAUUGGCAAAGAGCUGGUGGGCCUUCUGAUUCAGAAGAAGGGUGUGUGUGGAUUGUAACCUUUUCCCACCAUGCCAUUUCCCCAGUCUCCUUGGAGAUGCUGUUUACUCCAUCGUAGGCCUACAUGUCACCUGCAUAUUUCCCCAGCAGGGCCAACAGGAACGCCAACUAGGCAUCUGAAGUCAGGCAAAGGUUUAACACAUGCACUGCUACAGCCCUCAUACAAGUUGGGCCUCACAGGUGCUUACCAAUGGAAAACACUCAGAAGAUCCAGUGAUGGUUCUCCCAGUAUCUUGUCUAGGUUGGCCCUUUAGUGACAAGUAGCGUCCUAGCCUGGUCCGAGGUCUUGCUGGAGGAAGUGAGCUUUUGCAACCUCUACCCAAUCCCGCCUAAUGUGCCUACAUUGUUAUAAAAACAAUCAAUAUGCAGCAAAUGUUCUGAUUUGACUGACAGUGGGAAUUAAUUUUCACUGAUUCAUCAGGAGAAGGUGGACACAUAAGUAAAAUAGUCCCGUUAUCUUCAGCGACACUUUCCCAAGGCAUUCAGUAAAAUAAUCCCUAGACUGCACAGGUGAACUCUAAAAAUAUGAACCCAGAUCCCUCUCCACAGUUUAGUCCAUUUACUACUUUUACAAAAUGCUUACAUUUUAAAGUAAUAUUUUGAUUGCUUUUGAAUGUUCAGUGAAAGCUGGCACACUCUGGAGUGUGUGUCCCCCCCCCUUUUAAACCAGCUAGCACUAUAAUAAUGCAAGGGUAAAUGCACAGCUAAACAAUAACUGCAGUAGUGUAACUCCAUUACUUAUUGAAUCUAAUUACUGCUUAUGGGGAAAAUUGGCAACUUCCAUAAACCUCAAAGUCUUGGGAAUUUAACUUGCAGCCUGGCCUAAUGGAAUACAUCUGUAUGUGUAAGCUGAGAAAGUAAUUAUUUGUGAAGUUUGCUGAUCUGCAUAGAUAGGAAGGUGAUCAUAUGGUGACUUUAAUAGCUCCCCAGGGCAACCACUGUAGUUAAUUACAGUGUAGUUUCAUUAUACGGCCAUGUGUUCUGAUAUAAAGGCUCUUCCUGCACCAUUUCUCCUUAUGUACUUUUUCAAUAGGAACAUCUUCUUACGAACAUAAUUCAUGGUAAUCACAUUUCAAGUGUCUGUUUAUUGCCCAGUUUCUUCCCUGAGGUUCCUUUUUCCUGGUUUACUCUAUACCCAGUUCUUUGGCUGCUGUUCUGGACCAACUUUUUUUUGGGGGGGGGGG